AUGACUUUAUUAUGGUAUCCUUGCAUAUUUUUCCUAUAUUUUUCUUUUGUUAAACUUCAAAUAACAGAUAUAGAUACUAAUACUACUAUAUCAACAAGAUUAUCAGAUAUAUUCGAAACAGAUAAUUCUAUAAUAAAAUUACCACAUGUUACAAUAUUAGGCGCAUUAACAAGUGAUGAACAUAGCAAAAUCCUUCAAAAUAUUAGUACAUAUUUAAGUAAAGAUCUAUAUAUAUCAUCACAAUCAUUUAUUCUUGAUUUAAAUCCAUUAUUAACAGUGUUAAAAUUAUGUGAGAAAGGUUAUACAUCAGGUGCAAAAGUAAUUAUUGCUGAUCAUAUUACUGAUGAUGAUAAUGAUUUAACAUUAAAUGCUAUUUCGUAUGUAUCAGAUUUUUAUCAUAUACCUGUUAUAGCAAUAACAUCAAGAGAAAAUAUUCUUGCAGAUAAAGCAUUACAUGAUUUUAUCGUACGAUUAGUACCACCAUAUUUAUAUGAAGCUGAUGCUUGGUUUAGUAUAAUUCGAAAAUUAAAAUAUACAAAAGUUGUAUUAAUUUAUAGUCAAGAAGAAGAAAGUCGAAUGGUUGCAUUAAGAUUUCAAAUGCUUACAUAUGAUUCUGAUAUUCAAAUUGAACGAACAAAAGAAUAUGGUCCAAAUACAAAUUUUACAUCAUUAAUUUUAAAAUUAACAACUGAAGAUCGUUUAUUAGCACGUGUUUUUAUUAUUCAUACAAGACAUAAAGAUAUCGAUGAAUUAUUAUUAGCUAUUGUGCGAUUACAAAAAUUAGAAAAUUUUGUUUGGAUUAUUAAUGAACGUGCAUUAAAAUCAAAUAGUUCAGCUUUAUUUGAUGGUCUUCUUGGUGUUAAAUUACAUGAUUCAUUUACUGAAGAAAAUCUACUUAUUGAUGCAACUCAACUUAUUGUAAAUACAUUUAUUAAAUUUCUUAAUUCUUCAUCUUCAUUUUGGACCGAAAAUAUAUCUGUUAUUGAUUGUUUAUCAGUCGAACCUUGGGGAAAUGGAAAAGAUGUUUAUCAAGCAUUAGCUAAUACAAGUGUUGAAAAUGGUAAAACAGGUAAUAUUGCAUUUAAUGAAGAAGGUGAUCGUAUUGAAUCAUUAUAUGAUAUAAUUAAUAUUCAAUAUGGACAACCGAAAGUUGUUGGCAAUUAUCGUUCGAAUACAAUCAGUAAAACAGAAUUAAAACUUAAUGAAGAUGAAAUUAUUUGGCCUAAUCGAUUAAAUCGAAAACCUGAUGGAAUUCAUACAAGACGAAAUGUUUCGGUUGUUACUAUUGUCGAAAAACCAUUUGUAUUUGCUCGUCCUGGUAAUGAUUGUGACUCCUUAUCUGAAGUUUUUUGUCCACGUAAAACACUUAAUAGCUCAACUUAUGAAGAAUAUUGUUGUUAUGGUUAUUGUAUUGAUUUAUUAAAAAAAUUAUCAAAAAAUCUUACUUUUUUUUAUACAUUACAUCUUGUUGCUGAUGGUAAAUAUGGAUCAUUUGAAAAGGAAAGAGAUGAUGAACAAAAACGUUGGGAUGGAAUGAUUGGUGAAUUAAUAAACUAUCAAGCUGAUAUGAUUAUUGCUCCAUUAACAAUGAGUCCUGAACGUGCAGAAGAUAUUGAAUUUACAAAACCAUUUAAAUAUCAAGGUAUAACAAUUCUUGUACGAAAGGAUACAAAUAAAUCACAUUUGGCAUCAUUUUUACAACCAUUUCAAAAAGUGUUAUGGAUAAUGGUUUUAUUAUCUGUACAUAUUAUUGCUGUUGUUCUUUAUUUACUGGAUCGUUUAUCACCAUUUGGUCGGUUUCAUUUCGCACAACAACAAGAUAAACAACAUGAAAGAAGUCUGGGCAUAGAAAAAAACACGAAAGAAGAUAAACUUAAUUUAUCACAUGCAUUUUGGUUUACAUGGGGAAUUUUAUUAAAUUCAGGAAUUGGAGAAGGAGCACCAAAAAGUUUUUCAGCUCGUGUUCUUGGUAUGGUUUGGGCAGGUUUUGCUAUGAUUAUGGUUGCUUCUUAUACAGCUAAUUUAGCUGCUUUUCUUGUACUUGAUCGACCUGAUGAAGCAAGUUUAUCAGGAAUUAAUGAUGCUCGAUUAAGAAAUCCACAAGAUGGUUUUACAUAUGCAACAGUAAAAGGUUCAGCAGUUGAUAUGUAUUUCAAACGACAAGUUGAAUUUUCAACAAUGUAUCGAAUAAUGGAAUCAAAAAAUCGCUUAUCAGUUGAAGAAGCAAUAUCAGAGCUACGAAAUGGAACAUUAAAUGCAUUUAUUUGGGAUUCGCCAAGACUUGAAUAUGAAGCAGCACAAGAUUGUGAUUUAGUUACAGCUGGUGAAUUAUUUGGACGAUCAAGUUAUGGAAUUGCAUUAAGAAAAAAAGAUGCAUGGAUUAAUCCAUUAUCUCAUACUAUAUUAUCAUUUCAUGAAACAGGUUUUAUGGAAUUACUUGAUAAUAAAUGGAUUUAUUCAAAAAAUGACAAACAAUGUCCUGAUCGUUCAUCAUCACCAGCAACACUUGAAUUUCAUAAUAUGCUUGAUGUUUUUCAACUUGUUGCUUUUGGAGCAAUUAUUGGUUGUUUUGUUCUUAUUAUUGAAAUUAUAUUUAAAAGACAAAAACAACGAGUACAAAGAGAAAAUGAAAUAGCUCGAAAUGUUAUGGUCUAUUGGAAAAAAAGAGUUGAGAGACGUAAUCGACAACGUUCGACAAUGCUUGAAUCUGAUAAUUAUGAAAAACAAAUUGUUAAUUCAAAUUCUUAUCAUCCAUUCUCUUCAAGUCGUAUUGACUAUCCUGUGUAA